UUUAUUAAUUGUCUUUCAAAUAUCAAAGCGACAACGACUUCGGGAAGUACAUCACAUCGUGAUCUCUCCAAUCUAAACCGCGAUUCAUCUUUUGUCGAAUUCCCAAUUCCUUGAGUCCAUAACCCUAAUUUCAAUAUGGUUUGUCUUAUGUGUUUGGUGCCGCUCUUCCUCGUCCCGAUCGUCAAUUUACUGCCUCGGAUUAUCGAUUUCUUAAUGGCCAAAGUGUACUCGUGGCUCGGAUGGGAGUACAGGAAGCCAGCGAGAGCUCCUCCAGCUUGUACCUUUAAGCCAAUUGCUAAAAACGAUGAUAACGCCACCAAAGUGGCUGCGGAAACUGGAACUGGUGAUACAGGAACAAUAGCUAAACCCGUCGUUGUGGAGGAGACUGGUGGGAUUAAGCAGGAUUGAAGCUGAUUUCUUGUUUAAAUAAAAGCUUUUGUGGAUAUGUUUUGGAUAAGAGAAGAACCUUGCGAAAAUUACCUGGAAGAAUGUACGUUAAGAAGUUUAUGGUAAUUUGAAUUGUGCUUUAAUACCAAAAUCUAAUCGAAUAUCCUUUACCUAUUUUGUCUAAUAUUUUUACAAAUCAUGUCUUCUUGUUAUACUUAUACCCCUUCGUUUUC